AGAAUGUAUUGGUUAAAAAUAGGCAGAUGGAUUGAGUUAUGCAAUGAAUUUUACCAUUAUGCAUAAAUCACUUAUAAUGGUGAAAACAAAAAGGAUAAAAAAGUGGGCAAAUGGGAAAUUUGUUUAAGGCAAAAGGACAGAGAUGAAUUCGAAAAAAUGUAAAUAUUCCAAUUCUACUUUUUUAAGCGGUGGUGGAUAUUAUGAUGAUUUGGUAAAUGGAUGUUCAGUUAAGAUUGGUAACUGGAUCGAAUUGAGUGAAAAUUUUGGUGAAGAAUCGGGAUAAUCAAAAAUUACUUUCAAUGGUGAAUAAAGAAAUGGGUAAAAAAUUGGUAAGUGGAUAUAAAUUGAUUUAUAUUGGAAUUAAAAUUGCGGUGAAUAUACUAUGAGAAUUGAAUUAUAUUACAAAUAAACACAUGCUAAAUAUGAACAAUUUAUUAAUAUUGAUUUUUAUAUAUUUUCAUUUUAGUGUCAAUAUUCUUGGUAUCUACUGACUUAAAUGCCAAUAUUUACAUUAAAAAUUGUUAGAAAUCUUUUUGUUUUAUAUUUUAGAGGAUUUCUAAUAAAUUAAAUGAAUUAUUUACAAAUUUGUAAUCAAUUUAAAGAAUAUUAAAGAGAAAUCGUUUAGAGAAAUCAAUUAUCAAAUAUUUAAGAUAGAAAUUUUCUCAACAUUAACCUAAAAUUAAAUUAUUAAUUUGAACAUUUUAUACAUUUAAUGAGCAUUAAUUAUGUCAAAAUUACAAAUUGUAUAAUGCUUCCUAAAGAAUUUCAAUUUAAGCCCAAAUGA